AUGACAGCCCCAUUCAAGAAGCGCCGCAUUGUCCUUCCACAGCACAUGGAACAAGUGACCUCAAGGCCUGCUGAAUCAUCCACUAAUGCUGAUGCUGUUAUCAAGCCCACUAUGUCUGCUGCUUCAUCCUCCAGUAAGCGCCCCCUUCUGUCCUCUAAACAUUCCACCGAGGCGGCACUUGUUCACACCAAAUAUGACAUUAUCAAGGUCGUUAUCGGAAGCCAAAAAGUUAUGGCUCCCUAUACUAUCAUGCAAGUCUUUGCGACUUGUCAAUCCCAAACAGAAGCCAUUCAAGCCAUCCGUUCGAUCCGAGAAGUCUUUGCAAAAGAGGCCCAAAACGAGCGCCGGGUGCAAACCUUGGUAGAUGCCUUUGUACGCCUCGAUGCAAUUUCUACCAUAUUGAAGGCCAUGACUCAAUGGAAGAAGUCGACUACACUUGUGUCCCUCGCCACAGACGUGCUGAAAGUAUUGCUAUUCCACAUGCCAACCACCGGCCACAAGUCCUUUUUGCAGCAUGGUGGGACCCGCAUUCUCAUGGAAGCCUGCGAAGAACAUUGGUUUCUUCCAAUGAUCAAGGCUGCCUUUGCAGCUUUGAGCAACGUUGCGUCCUCCUUGACUCACAAUACUGAGGUCAUUGAAGAGUGUCUUGCCUUUGUCAUGAAAUCCAUGCAAAUCUUUGAUGCGAAUGCUGACAUCCAGCGCCUGGGCUCGUACUUCUACUUGAAAUUGGCAGCUUGUGCGGCAAGGAGUCAAAACGAUCAGGGAAGGGUAAAUCACAUUCCUGAAGCUGUUUCCAGCCGCAGCAGUACUAGUCAUGUGUUGAAGCGCAAAUUGGAACCAAGCCGUAACCAAUAG